GAGUGUCUAUUCCCUUGUGUAACGAUAGAUCUAUUCCCUUGUGUAUAGAGAAAUGAUUGCGUGAAAUGCGUUGUUGUGGCAAGAACUCAUGGCGGAAGGCUUCACUCAAUCAACGCUUAUCGUCAACUGGAAUAGUCGCUGCCAAAAACGCACUUAGUCGUCGAGGAAAUCAUUUUAUAUUGAACUGAUUUUCUUAUUUCUAACAACUACAAAUUCAUGUAGGAGGGAUAUAAUAGAGGAAGAGCUGCUUGAACUUUGGCCAACCGAUUUCCAGAGGAAAAGUUGUUAUUUCGAAUCAUCGUCAUUCAGUUAGACCAAAGAUGUAUCAAGGUCGCCAUACAGUCGGCCAUACGACUCCUCAUCAGCCGUCUGGGCAACCAUUCUCCAAGUUUUCAGUCGCAGAGGCAUGUGAUCGAAUAAAAGAAGAAUUCAAUUUUUUACAAGCACAGAAUCACAGUUUGAAAAUGGAAUGCGAGAAGCUGGCAUCAGAAAAAACAGAGAUGCAGAGACAUUACGUUAUGUACUACGAGAUGUCAUAUGGUCUCAACGUUGAAAUGCAUAAACAGACCGAGAUUGCAAAGCGACUCAACGCAAUAUGCACGCAGUUGGUGCCAUUUCUCUCUCAAGAGCAUCAGCAACAAGUUUUGCAAGCAAUCGACCGGGCAAAGCAGGUCACCAUGAACGAACUCAAUGCAAUCAUUGGCCAACAACUACAUCAACAAGGCCUGCCCCAUUCACAUCCACCCGGCCUUCCUUUGCCGCACCAAGGUGCUCUUCCUCCUCCACAUUUACCUCCUGGUUCUGGAAGUGGACUUCUAGCCUUGUCAAAUGUACUCUCGUCAACUCCCCAUUUGCCAGUGAGAGAAGAAAAAGGUGCUCAUCCUAAUUCAGUGUCACCUGUGGGCAGCAAGUACAGGAACACUGCCGACAGUCAUUCGUCUCAUGGAAGUGACGAUGGCAGAGGCUCGUCAAACAUGAAACACCCAAAACGAAGAAGAGAAGAAAAGGAGCCUGGCAGCGUGUGGAGACUUGCUGAGGAUAGCGAUGCCGAUAAGAGUGACGGUGAACUUGUCGUUGAUGACACAAACGAAGAUUCUCGUUCGCCGGCUGCGUCAAAGCGACUUGAAAAUGGCGAUUCCAGUCCCCUACAAGGUGAAGCGGUUGAUAAAAAACCAAAAAAGGAAAGCUCGCGGGAAACGACAUCCUCUGCCGCUUCAUCACCUCCAGUCCCGUCAUCAAAACACGGCAAGAUAGUCGAAAACAGGACCUCAACAUCAGUUACAACAUCACAUUCAUCAUCGAGCCCUGGCCGCUCCUCGCCGCUUACAAAAAUGUCUUCACUCACACCCUCACUACGACCGCCCAGUUCCAUUAGCAACGGCCCCUAUCCAUUCAUACAGUCACACAGUAUUGGAAGUGAUCUGAGUCCAGUUCCCUUUCCAACAAGCAUGGCCAAUAGCAUAUCACAGGGUGAAUUGUUAAAAAACAAAGGCAUUCCUUAUGGAAGACCGCCCAUUAGUGGUUUUGACCCACAUGGACCUUCUCGAAUGGGGAUGCUGCAGUCUCUUGGGAUGCCUAGUGGCAAACCCGCCUACUCUUAUCACGUCUCUGGGGAUGGCCAGAUGCAGCCUGUGCCUUUCCCUCCCGAUGCUCUGAUUGGGCCUAACAUUCCACGUCAUGUUAGACAGCUGUGUACGCUGAACCACGGAGAAGUUGUUUGUGCCGUAACGGUUAGCAACCCGACGCGACAUGUUUAUACCGGAGGCAAGGGCUGUGUCAAGGUUUGGGACAUAAACCAGGCAGUUACUCAAUCGACAUUGACCAAACCAGUUUCAACGCUUGAGUGCCUGCGCGACAUUUACAUACGAUCCUGCAAACUGCUUCCCGAUGGCAGAACCCUCAUAGUCGGAGGCGAGGCAAGUAUGUUGACAAUAUGGGAUUUAGCAGCCUCGACUCCAAGGAUCAAAACUGAACUCACUUCUAAUGCUCCUGCGUGCUACGCUUUGGCAAUCAGCCCUGACUCAAAGGUCUGCUUCAGUUGCUGUAGCGAUGGCAACAUUGCUGUAUGGGAUCUUCACAACGAAACACUGGUGCAGCAGUUUCAAGGCCAUACUGAUGGUGCUAGUUGUAUAGAUAUUUCUCCUGAUGGAUCAAGGUUGUGGACAGGUGGUUUGGACAACACGGUGCGGUCAUGGGACCUCAGGGAAGGAAGACAACUACAGCAACAUGACUUCAGUUCGCAGAUAUUUUCACUUGGGUAUUGUCCAACAGGGGAAUGGUUAGCAGUUGGAAUGGAAAGCAGUAACGUUGAAGUUCUUCAUGUAGCCAAACCCGAUAAAUACCAGUUGCAUUUGCACGAGAGCUGCGUGCUGUCCCUAAAAUAUGCUACUAGUGGAAAGUGGUUCGUCAGCACGGGAAAAGACAACCUGCUAAAUGCAUGGAGGACACCCUAUGGCGCGAGUAUUUUCCAGUCUAAAGAGUCGUCCUCGGUUCUGAGUUGUGACGUAUCGUCAGAUGACAAAUACAUUGUGACGGGGUCUGGGGACAAGAAAGCGACGCUGUAUGAAGUGAUAUACUGAGGGCUGGCCGUUACCUUGGCAAUCGAAUAUUCACUGUUAGGUUACGCGUGUUCGCUACAGAACUGUUGCGAAUGCUAUUCUGCGCUCGUAGGCCCCAGGCCUCAACCGUCGACAAACUGCGACCACAUCCAUGCUGAUGAUAGAUCUGUUUUGUUUUGGUUUGAUGAAGGCACGUGUUGCUGCAGGACUUAGCAACAGAUAAACAGUGAACUUCCCUUACACUGUGCUCUAUAAGAACAAUAUUUGUUCAUUUGUGAAAAGGUGAUCGAAAUCGUUUUAAUCUGUCAAUUUGUUGAUUCCAUGCAACGUACAUCAAGCUCGUUCUUAGAAUAA